AUGGAGCCUCAAUCAUCACCAGAAAACCUUAUACUCCUUAGCCGUGAACCCAACAGUGUUGCAUGGAUCACAAUAAACCGACCCAAAUCCCUUAAUUCACUCACAAAGUCAAUGAUGGUUGAUCUUGCUCGAAUAUUCAAGUCUUUAGACGCAGAUGAUUCUGUUCGGGUCAUAAUACUUACCGGGUCGGGUCGAUCAUUCUGUUCGGGCGUUGACUUGACUGCUGCUGAGGAUGUGUUUAAAGGUGAUGUGAAGGAUGUGGAGACUGAUCCUGUGGCUCAAAUGGAGAGGUGUAGGAAGCCUAUUAUUGGAGCUAUUUCUGGAUUUGCUGUUACUGCUGGUUUUGAGAUUUGUUUAGCUUGUGAUUUGUUGGUUGCUUCUAAGGAUGCUAAGUUUUUGGAUACUCAUGCAAGGUUUGGGAUAUUUCCUUCUUGGGGUCUAUCUCAGAAACUAUCUCGUGUUAUUGGACCCAACCGAGCUCGUGAAGUGUCUUUAACUGCAACGCCUAUCAAUGCAGAACAAGCUGAGAGAUGGGGUUUGGUAAAUUAUGUUGUAGACAGAAGUGAACUUUCGAACAAAGCUAGGCAAAUUGCAGAAGCCAUCAUCAAGAACAACCAGGACCUGGUUUUGAGGUACAAGGCAGUUAUCAAUGAUGGGUUCAAACAAGACUUGACCCGAGCCCUUGCUCUUGAGAAGGAGAGGGCUCACGAGUAUUACGAUGGAAUGAGCAAGGAUCACUUUAAGAAAAUGCAAGAGUUUAUUGCGGGUCGGAGUUCAAGCAAACCUUCCUCAAAAUUAUAGAUUCAUCAUGUGUAAUCUUUUUGCUGUUUUUGAAAUAAACUAGUUUCCACGCGCAUUUUAUUGAAAAAAUACAAAUAAAAUGUUACUCUGAUUUGUCUCAUUUUACUCGGCAAUGGUUUAAUAGAACCCAAAGUUUAAGAUAUUAUUCUCAUUCCAGUUGAGUGAUGA